CAAAUGAGCAAGCGAGUGAACGUUGCUGCUUGACGGCUGGUUUCCUGAAUGUGUCAUGAUCCGUUUCACUUGCAUCGAGCAACAGCCUGUUACACUGCUGGCUGCUUUAAAGUGACUUCAAGUUGAGUGGAUUCUCCAACAGAGACUAUUGUUAACCACUGCCAAGAUGACAUUACAAUUUAAAGAUGCCUUUUGGGGAGUGGACUUCAUCAGUAAUAUUGGGUUUGAGACUAUCAGUCAGAGACUUAAUGAUGGUCGACGGACAUGCAAAGACAUGGAGGAGCUCUUGAAAAUGAGGUCAUCAGCAGAGGAGAAAUAUGGCAAGGAACUGGUCACAAUCGCCCGCAAGGCUGGCGGUUUAUAUGAGAUCUGCACUUUGAAAACAUCUUUUGAUGAAAUGAGAACACAAAUUGAAAACGUAGGAAACUUGCACAUUCAGCUUUCUGGAUUCCUCAAGGAAGAAGUGAAGAGAAUGGAGCAGUUCAGAGAGCGACAGAAAGAACAGAGAAAAAAGUUUGAAGUUAUCAUGGAGAAGGUCCAGAAGAUAAAAGUCUCCCUCUACAAGAAAACAUUAGAAUCUAAAAGAUCCUAUGAGCAGCGCUGCAGGGAGGCAGAUGAGGCAGAGCAAACCGCUGAGAAGAUGGGCAAUGUUCCCACAGCCACUCCCAAACAGAUCGAGAAGAUGAACACCAAAUCUAAACAGUGCAGAGAAGCUGCAGAGGAGGCUGAGAAACAGUACAUGUCAAACAUUGAACAACUUGACAAGACUCGUCAAGAGUGGGAAUCAACGCACAUCAACACAUGUGAGAUAUUUCAGCAGCAGGAAGAAGACCGCAUCAGCAUACUAAGGGAUGCUUUGUGGGUGCACUGUAACCAUUUGUCUAUGCAGAGUGUGAAAGAUGAUGAGUGUUACGAGGAUGUGAGAAAAACACUGGAAAAGUGUGACAUCAUCGCAGACAACAACCGCUUUGUGGAGAUGAAAAGCACUGGCAUGACCCCCUCAGCUCCAAUUGAAUACCAAAAUUACUAUCAGAAGGAUGCUACGGAGGACAGAAAUGGAAGUGCUGGAUUCGUAGGGGGAGUCAUGAAAAAGUUUUCAAGUCUUCUGCAAGGGAACUGUUCGAGUGGCUCCAAACUGAGCAUUAAUGAACAAGUUACACAACCUACUGCAGCAACAUCAGAAGGACUUUAUGCUUCAAUUCCUGUAUGUCAGGAGUCCCAGCUGAGCAGUGAGGGGUACCAGGUCGUGUAUGACUAUGUGGCACAGGGGGACGAUGAGCUCUCUGUGUCAGUCGGGGACGUUGUGGUUGUCAUAGAUCAAGGUGAGGAUGGCUGGUGGACGGUGAAAAGAAAUGGCCUUACUGGAUUGGUCCCAGGCUCUUACCUUGCCAAAGAAUGAGUUUACCUGACAGCCAUAGACAUGUAAUAUUUUGUAAAGGCUUUGCCAUUUCAAAUUGACUUAUAAUUUGAUCUUAUCUGUUGUUCAUAUUUGUGUUGCAUGCAUCAUUAUGAGUAGGAUUUGACCCAUUAUAGUAGUAUAAAAGACACUGUGGCAGAGACCACUACUGUAAAUGAAGAGCUGAUAGUUUUCACAGGUCUUGUUUUGCUACAAAACCAUUCUGUUAGAAUAAUUUGAAAGACACUUUUAUCACAUAAUCCUACAGAUAGAGGCUGUCACAUAGGCUACAGUAGCAUAAGACUGUUGAAUAAAUUAUUUAUUGUUAUGGCACAUAUUCAUAUUGCUUUGCCCUUACUGCUGGUGUGUUGAGUGCUCUUCAUACUCAUGACAGCUGGGAGAUUAAGUGAUCUGUUGCACAAGACCACUGCACUAAGUUUAUUCAUAUACUGUUGUAUUGUUUUAUAUCUGCGGUUCUAAAUGUUGUGCAGAACGUUUGAUUUCUUUUGUUGGCCCGUUUAUAAGUUCUAUGUGUGGUUAUUGUUUCUGUUCUGAAUGCUAAAAAUAAUAAUUAUUUGUGCAUUGACAGAAAAAUGUGUUUUGUUUUUGAGACAUGGUGAAUAUUGUUUUUAGCUGCUAAUUGAGAAAACUAUUUGGCAUUAUUGCUUUAUUUUUUCUCGUUUUCUUAAUGUGGAUUACAAAAGGACCAGACCAGAACAAUCCAACAAAGUAGCUGUAAUACAACUGGGCACUAUUCUUGGGUCAUGUUGCUAAGCAAUCUGCUCUCUCUGGUUCAGUGCCUACCCCCUAACCAAAGCUGAGUCUAUUAACCACCAUAAGUGUCCACAAUGCAUGUUUGGUAGUCACAAGAUGUUCCAAAAGCAGAUACAACUACUAUCUACUAUUAUCUAGCUAGUGAUUAUAGUAAGAGCUAUUUAAUAUGCAUACGUGUUAUGAGUCCAUGGGAACCUAGAACCUAGUUUGAAGACAUAAAGCUACAAAGCAAAAAGUAUUAGACCUCUUGGACCUGUUAAACCCCUCCCUCAUGGGAAACGCUUCAACUUUGACCACUCUUUUUUUGGACCAAGGUGACUCGUUCUUCCAAUGAAAGCAGCUUUGUUUGGACAAAAAAACAACAACACACUUUGUGCAGCAAUUUCAUCUCUUUGUAAAGAUGUGAAAUUUCAGAGAAACUAAAACAAUAAACCAGAAAACACACUCACAUAAACCUGUCCCACAUUUAAUUUACAUUCUUCAGCUAUUGCUGCAUUUCAGCAAAUCAAGUUCUACAACUACCAUCGUAGACUGUUGAGAC